AUGCCUGACGUCAAGUCCACUCUUCGUGCCAUCGGCAGCUGGGAGUACAGCAUUGCGUCAAUAUCUCCGAUCGCCAACUCGCUGCUCGUCAACGUGCCUCCCAGCUCAACAUCUCCGAUCGCCGACUCGCUGCUCGUCAACGUGCCUCCCAGCUCAACGUCUCCGAUCGCCAACUCACUGGUCCUUCCGUUGUUCUUGAUCGGGGCCAAGGACAGGAAGCCACCGAAGUGCGAUGUUGGGACUGAGCGCCUGUCUCACUGCUCGCGUCCAUCCGUUCCAGAGUACAGACGAAGCCGGACGGAGCUGAAGAAGCGAUCUUCAGAGGCGCAGAAGCAGCACAAGAAGGCUCGCAAAGUGAAGUCGCCGGACGCGCAGCGCUCGCUGACCCUGCAGCUGUCGGAUGUGCAGGACCGCUACCAGCGGCUGGAGGCCGGCGAGCGGGCGUCGCUGGAGGCGGCCCUGGUGGAGGAGCGGAGCCGCUACUGCCGCUUCGUCACCUGGCUGAAGCCGGUCGUGCAGGGUGAGGUGGACGCCGCUGAGGAGAUGUCCCGGCUGACCGAGGUCAUGGAGCAGCUGGUGGCGCACACGGUCGAGCCGUUCGCCCUGCCGGCCGCCUCCGAACAGCUGAUCGCCGACAUAAAAGGCGCCGGCGACGCGUGGCAGCCCGGCUCGCCGCCCGACUCGCCGCGCGCCGCCUCCUCCUCGCUGGGCUCGCGCAAGUCCAGUCUGUGCUCCAUCAACAGCCUGCACUCGUCCAGCUCCGGCGGCACGGCGCCGCCGGCCGGCGGCCGGCCCCGCUCCGUGUCGUCGCACGACUCGGGCUUCACGUCGCAGGACACGCUGUUCCGGGCGUAA